AUGUCGAACAGGCAGGCCGCUCUCUCGCUCUACCGCCGGGCAUUGAAGCUCGCUCUCGACUGGACGGUGCAUCGCAACCUCUGGCGGGGCCAGGCGCUUUACAUCCGCUCCCUCUUCGAGAAGAACCGCAAUGUUACCGAUCCACGUCUGCAACGGGCACUGCUGAAGGAGACGGAGAAGCUGUUGGAGAAGUGGAAGCACCCAGAUCCGUACUGCCCACCGACUGCUCCUGGAGGUUCCAAGUACGAAAGGAAUCUGCCUGUUCCCAACCUCGAACCCCCCCCGCCGCUCAAGUUCUGA